AUAGUUGAAAAGAUUAUAGCUAGGAGGCUUUCUACCCUAGCUGAGUCAUCUAGCCUACUAUAUCAUGACCAAAUAGGAGGUAGGCAAAGAAAAUCAGCUAUAGAUGCAGUCUUAUCACUAGUUCAUGAUAUUCAGACUGCUAGGCAUAGAAAGGAGAUGACUACUACUUUAUUUAUUGAUAUUAAAGGGGCCUUUGACCAUGUCUCUAUAAAUCAAUUGCUAAAAGUAUGUAUUAGGCUAGGGCUUCCUUAUAGCCUAAUUAGUUGGAUCUCAUCAUUUCUAUCAGAUAGAAAGAUUCAACUAGCUUUUGACAAUGAGACUGUCAGGAGGUCCCUAUUCAAAUUGGCAUACCCAAGGGCUCUCCUAUCUCCCCUAUCCUUUUUCUCAUCUAUAUUAGAUACCUCUUUGAGACUAGUGAGGAAACAGAUGAGAAAGAGAGAGCUCAACUAA